AUGGCCGAUGCAGACGCCAUCUAUGAGCUCGCACAACGCAUAGAGUCCAACAUCGAGGUCGACAAACGCGUCGCUGCGUUGAAGUCUCUGCAGUCACAACUGGAAUUAGCCGGCUAUGUCGUCGAAGCAGAUGCGGUCACCUCGGCCGUCAAGGUGGCUCUCAAGCAUGCUAACCAGGCACUCAGCACAGCCUCGCUCUCCUUCAUCCCGACCUAUGCGUCAAUGAUCUACUCGGGCGACGAAUCCGAAUCCCACUCAAUCCUUAACCACAACGUUCGCAUGCUCGUCAACUCGGUCACCUUGCCCGUCAUCGAGAAGCUAGGCGAUCAGAAGGAACGCAUCCGCGAGGCUGCACGGACAGCACUGAUCGAGAUCGGAAGUGCUGCCUACGCUAUUAGCUCGGGUCACCUCAUGACAACCGGAAAAGGCAAGGAGACAGAGACACCGCUCGGCAUCUUCGAAAGAACACUGCGUGAAGCGGGACUGGCGGCCAAAUUUGCCAGGAUCAGAGAACAGACCGUCUUGCUGAUGCCAAUCUUGCGAGAGAAUUGCGAAAAGUAUCCUGUCAGACCGCUUCUCCCGACCAUGGUGGACUUGCUUUCAGAUGCCGAUGCAACGGUCAGAGAAGGUGCACGAUCGACACUUGUCGCUCUCUUCAGCAGCGCAGCGCCAGCAGCGAAAGCAGAUCUCAAGAAGGAGCUCGAAAAGAAAGCGGUUCGCAAGCAGACUGCCGAUGGGAUCUUGCGUGAAGUUCUAGGUGUACCCUCAGCAGCAGUAACUCCCGCAUCUGUACUCAGCCCGCCAGCACCCACAUCAUCUGUUCUUACCUCUCGCAAUCGCACUGCCUCCUCCUACGGCGAGGCCGACACACCAUCGUCAUCGUCCAGACCAGCACCGUCAACAGGUACAGUUCGCGAUGCACCAGCAGCGGCGCCAACGGCUUCAGCUUCUGCAGCAGCCACCGCAGCAGCAGACAACAUUCGACCAGUCUAUAUCGCUGCCCGCUCCGACCUCGAACGGACAUUCGCAACGAUGAUGCCUUUCUUCGAGAACAGGGAAUCCGAACACAACUGGCUCAAUCGAGAACAGUCCAUGAUCAGGAUCCGUGGUCUCAUCGUUUCGGGCGCACAUCGUCAGUUUGGCGAGCCAUUCUUCGUAGGUCAACUCAAGACUGUUCAGGAGGGCAUUUUGAAAUGUGUCGCAAGUCUGCGAACAACGCUUUCGAUGCACGCUGUCCAUCUGGCGCAAGAGCUAGCUAUCGAGCUCGGUGAUGACCUUGGUCCCUGCGUCGAAGGCUUUCUCAUCAAUCUCACUGCCAUGGCUGGGUUCACGAAGAAGCUUAUCGCCAAUGCGACGCAGCAGGCUGCGGCAGCAAUCAUGGUCAAUGUCAGCUUCCGGCCGCUGUUUCUACAACUCAUCUGGCAAGGCACACAGGAUAAGAACGUUGCAACACGUACUGCAGCUGCAGAGCACCUCUGCACACUGUUGACACAUCAUGCACCGCACCGCAAGCAUGCCGUCGAGUCGCAUAGUGGAUUGGAUCUGCUAGACAAGUGCUUGAGGAAAGGCGUCGGCGAUUCAAACCCAGGAGCAAGGACCAAGAGCAGGGAAGCAUUUUGGAUCUUCCAUCGCUAUUGGCCGGACCAGGCCAACACGAUCCUCAAUUCGCUGGAUCCAGCCACCAAGAAGCAGGUUGCUGCGAUGGCGCCUCCCGAUGUAGAAUCUGAGAUUGUCGCUGAGGUCAGGCCGAAGGCGACUGUAGGACCAGCAAGGGCAAGACCUGGUGGAGCGUCGAUGGCGUUGAUGCAGGCAAAGAAGGCAGCUGCUCUCAAAGCUGCCCAAGAGAAGCAGGAGCAAGAUAGGAGGAGGGCUGAGGAAGCUGCAGCUUCGCACGAAGCAAGAGUGGAGGCUGCUCGUGUUGCGUUGGCUGAACAGCAGCGGCAGCAGCAACACUCCCAGCAUCACAACCACCACCCCGGAGCACCGCCAGAGGAAUAUGCCACACCCGUCGCUGCACACAAGAAAAGCACCGGCUUCAUGCCAGCAAGACAUCGUUCACAGCAAUCUAGCCAUCUCAAGUCCUCGACUGAGCUGUCGGUGCUAGUCAGUCCGACUGCGCAUCAACGCAUCCAGACAGCCGUUGCUUUGCCCUUACCCACCAGUCCUUCUCCCGCACCGCCGGCGCACAGCACACCGCAGGCUCGGACCAACAGCAAGCUCUCCCAACCCAGCUUUGAAGCGUCGUCGUUGCGAACUCGAUCGCCCGGACUCAGCCCUCGCCCUAUUGUCUCUGCCCGGAAUCGUGCUGUAUCGUCAUCUUCCUUGUCCUCCCACGGUUCUGGUUCGGCAUCUUCUGCACGUCAUCAAGCGUCAUCAGUCACACCACAACGGACGCACCGUGCCCCCAGCUCGACCCUCGACGCUGACCUGGACGACCUCAGCCUAGACGGUAUUCAGGAUGACGACGAUACUGCUGAUGCCACCCAGCAACCGCGUUUCCAUUCAUCGGCCAACGGCGAGGAUGACACAGUGCAGCUAACAGCACCCGAAGAUGCAUCAGUGGAUCUGAUGGGGAUGAACUUCAAUUCCCCUUUCAAGAUUCCUUCUUCCACCGGUGUCAAUACUCGGAGCGCGAAGACGCAAUCGGUGCUAGUGGAGCGACAAAAUGCAUUAAAAGCACUCGAAAGUGCAACCCCGCAACGGCCCAAGACUGAUAGAACGGUAUCGACGUCAAGUGGAUCCAGCAACAACUCCAACACUCCGUCUAAUGCUGUACGGAGGUCGGGGCUGCCGAGACCCGUGUCGAUGAUGCAUUCCCCUUCACCCACCAGCGCUGGUGGGAUGCAGCCGUUUCCUAGAUCUGCUUCGAGUCGUAUGCUUGCGUCUACACCUUCACGACAGCCUCAAUCGAGGCAUCUAUCGAAUCGGACUGGAACGGGUCACAGUGUGCUGGACAAUCGAGGAAAGAGACUAGAAGCAACACAUACAGCCUCGUCUUCACCAGCAAGAGCAAAAGCGGAAGUUUGGUCCUGGAUUACCGCCCUCACUUCCUCCACCGCUGAUCUUGGCGUCUUCCGACGACUAGCGCGGCUAAGUGCGGAGAUCAAAGUCUCUCCCACCGCCCCUAACUUAGACCGGGGCGAGGAGGGAGAUGAAACGGUCUUACGUCCUGGUCCGCUGAGCAACUCUGCAAAUCGCACAUCGGACAAAGAAGGUGAAGGAUUCACCUCGGACAUCGAAGCUUGGCUCGAAGGCGGCCUGUUCAGCGCUCUCUUGGACGGGCUGAAGAAGUAUCUUAAGCCCACUGAGGGUGGUGGUGAUAAUGUAGUGGGAGCGGAGUUGCAAAUGAGUGCACAAGUGGUGUUACAUCGAAUGGUCGAGUACCAAUUCCCACUCUUCGGUGCAACUGGGAAGGAAAGAGAAGUGGUUGAACUCACACUGGAAUGCAUCUCUACUCUUUCCUCCACUAGCACCGCUGGUGGUGGCGGGUCAAGCAGUGCAAUAGUUGCGAGAAAAGCGGCGAUACAAGGGCAUGAAACAAUCCUUAAAAGUUGGGCCACUGUAUGCGACCCUGUACUCGGGUUCGACCUACUCCUAUUUUCUUCCACAUCCUAUCUCUCAACCGCAACCUCGACAGCGGUAACUGCAGCAGUGCUUAGGAGUGGUUUGACACCCAUUUUAUUGCGGCUACCAUCCGAGCUUCUACUCGAGGACUUCCUGCCUCGGCUUAGCGAGAUAGCCAGAACGGCCCUCAAAGCGCAGUCCACGGAUUUGAGGCUGGUUGCUACUACAAUGCUUAAAUCUCUCAACGACAAGUUGAAAAAGGAAGGCGUGGAGGGUAGUCAUGAUCGAAUCUUCACUGCACUAGGGUUGAACGGUGGAGAAGGAGGGGAGAAUAAGGCAUUGCUGGAUGUUUUAAUGUAUUACUUUUCCAAAAAGUAA